AUGCAAACUGAUUUGGAGGCUUUGCAAAGGAACUACAGGGCUGUGGUGGCAGCUUUACGACAGACGGGGGUAGAUGUGGCGGUGCAGGAGUGGAAGAAGGAAAACGAUAAAGGGGCAGUUGAGCAGCGUACCGAAGACCAGCAGUUCACAGAAUGGGUUGAAAGACUCGGUGGUAGUUUACCAGCGAAGGUGAUUGAGGGGAAUGUUCAUGUGAUGGAGGUGGAUCCCAAGAAAGCAGAGGAUUUUUUACAGGGACAGGUGGAUCUGGAAAAUUCCAUAAUGGUAUUGAAAAGAGAAUACAAAGCUACGACGGCAUAUUUACGAAUGAGGGGGGUAGAUGUGAUGGCGCAGGAGGUGAAGAAUGAAGACGAGGAGGAGGACGGAGAGAAGAGCAAAAAGAAGAGGAGGUCUAAAAGGAAGCCCAAAAAGAAGAAGAAGAAGACGACCGACGGGAAUGCGCAGGAGUAUCUAGACGUUGAGCAGAUUAGAAAUCUUGAGGAUGGACAAGAUGACAAGAAGGAUGAACAGGACGAUGACAACAAAAAGGAUGAGCAAGACGACACCGACGAGAAGGAUGAAGACGGACAGGCGAACGUGGAUGAAAAGGAUAAGGACGAGAUAGAUUCAGAGGAAAACAGCGACGAGUAUAACACGGCCGCCGAAGAACAAUCGCCGCCGUCAAAGAGGAGCAAGAACAAUAACGCCAAGAGAAAGAGGAGGAAGGAAAGGAAGCAAAAGGCAGAGCAGGCGGCGAAGGAGAAGGCAGAGCGGGAAGCAUGGGAGAAAAAGAAGCAAGAGGCGAAGGAGAGAAAGGAGCAACAAGCGAGGGAAAAAGAGGAGAGAGAGGCGAGAGAGAGGGAGGAGCAAAAGAAGAGGGAAGAGGAUGCUCAGAAAGCGGCGAGGGAAAAGGAAGCCAGGGAAAAGGAAGCCAGGGAAAAGGCAGCGAAAGAGAAAGAAGCCAGAGAAAAAGAAGCCAGAGAAAAAGAAGCCAGAGAAAAAGAAGCCAGAGAAAAGGAAGCCAGAGAAAAAGCAGCCAGAGAAAAAGCAGCCAGGGAAAAAGCAGCCAGAGAGAAAGAAGCCAGAGAAAAAGAAGCCAGGGAAAAAGCGGCAAGAGAAAAAGCGGCAAGAGAAAAGGAAGAGAAAGCUACGAAGGAAAAAGCGGCGAGAGAAAAAGAAGCCAGGGAAGAGGAAGCCAGAGAAAAGGCGGCAAAGGAAAGGGAAGAGAAAGUGGUGAGGGGGAAGGAGGCCCAGAAAGUGAGGGAACAGCAUGUACAGGAGGCGAGGGAGCGGAAGAAGCUGGACGAGGUAAUCGUAGUCGAGGAGGUGAACGAGGACGACGUUGAACAAAAAGACGAGGUGAAGGAAGAGGCUGACAAAAAUCCAAUGCCAUCUCAGGGACCGAUGCCGUCGCAACGACAGAUGCCGGGCCCGGGACCGAUGCUAGGGCAGCAAAAUCCACCUCCGCUGGGACUGGAACCGAUACCACAGCAGGGACAGAUUCCGUGGGAAGGACACAUGUGGUGGCAGAGAAAGAUACCAAGCCAGAUGCCGCAACAGACACAGGUUCCUUGGCAGUGGCAGAUGUCGCAGCAGACACAGGUUCCUUGGCAGAUGCAGAUGCCAUUGCAGGGACAGAUGCCAUACCAGAACCCUAUGCCACCACAAAAUCCCAUGGCACACCAGAAAUCCAUCCCAGAACAGAAUCCCAUCCCACACCAGAACCUCAUCCCAUACCAGAAUCCCUCGCCGAUGCCACCACAGACUCCGAUGCCACCACAGACUCCGAUGCCACACCAGAAUCCGAUGCCUCACCAAAAUUCGAUGCCUCACCCGAAUCGUAUCCUACACCAGAAUUCCUGGCCGAUGCCACCACAGAAUCCGAUGUCUCACCAAGAAUCGAUGCCACAAGGGCAGAUGCCGUCGCAAGAGCAAAUGCCAGCAGAGCCACGCGUAUUCCCGCCGCCGCCCGUGCUAAAUAUUGUACCCAACUUGGUCGAACUCACCGCGGAACAACUAGAGAUCCACGCCCGUCUCUUGGUCCGCACCGGUUUCUUCUGGAUGCACUCUGCGCUCUCAGAUGAUAACAACAGCACUGCCAACUUGUCUGAGCACUCGAAGCAGCAAGUCGUCGCCAGGUUCAAGGCGCUCGUCUUGCAGCUCAUGAACGACCUGACCCUCCCCCCUCCUCCUCAACAACAAAAGCAACAGCAACAACAACAACAACCGGAGCGAAAGUAGCACUUGCCUCAGGUUUCCAAGGAGGAGGAGGCUCGUCGACCGUGGAGGAGUGAGUCGUUUCCUUCUUACUUUCUGGACAGGGAUUGGAACGUUACUUGGCCAGAUGGAGACAAGCCCCAGACUCGAGAGACGCAAUGGACGCAGCAAGGAGAAGAAGAAGAACGCCCGACUGUACGGUUUUACCGACCAGUGGCUAAGGAGGAUAAUAAUAAGCUGGACCGGACGUGAUAAGAAGGGAAUUGGGAUUGGUUUUUUUUUUUGUUGUUUGGGGAUUUAUAUAGUAUUUGUUUGCAACGAACUUGGGAAGCGUAAACAGAGUUGAUUCUUGACCAGCGGUUAUGAGUCUGAUCGUGUAGGUUUCGUUGGGAUCGUAUUGUCAGGUUAGGUUAGGUUAAGUAGUAAGGACAGUUGAAUAAAUGGUCAGCCUGGACUACCUACCUA